AUGGCCUCGAAGGAAGAAGAAGCCGCUGCUGUACAGCCAUUGACCGCCGAAGAAAAAAAUGGCGAUGCCCCGCAAGUAGCCAUUGAAGACAACAGAGUUGGUCUGAAGAAAGAAGUUUCUCUUAUAAAUGGCAUCGCACUCGUGGUCGGAGUCAUUAUCGGCUCCGGUAUUUUCAUCUCUCCGACUGGCGUCCUUAAGCGUACCGGUUCAGUAGGAAUGAGUUUGGUCAUUUGGGCUGGUUGCGGUUUCCUCGCGCUUCUAGGAUCCCUAUGCUACUGUGAAAUGGGUACGAUGAUACCAAAGUCCGGCGCUGAAUAUUCCUACCUCAAGAAAGCCUUCGGUCCUCUUCCAGCUUUCCUUUACAGCUGGACUCUAGCUUUGAUCCUUCGCCCGGCUUCACUCAGCGCCGUUGCUCUUACUUUUGCACGCUAUGUGAGUCAGCCUUUCUUCCCAGACUGCGAAAUCAGCCCGAUUCCAGUUAGAAAGAUUUUGGCAGCGGCGUGCCUCGGUAAGUUUUAAUAAUUUUAUCUUUCCCUUGGUGAAAUCGUAUGCUUCGGCUAAUACUUUUUCACUAAAUCGAGUGAAUCGCAUGGUCUGUUUACAAACCCAAUCCCUUCAGGUUGUGGUUCGCGUUGAAAAGUCACGAGACAAAGUUGACAUUUCUGCCCGGAGGCUUGGUUAGUAUACAUGUGCUCACGCAAUGCAAUAAAAUCGUUUCGUUUUAUUUUCCAAAUUUUCUCACUUAGCUACCGCGUGUCUAUGUCCAUUUCGCGACAACUUUGUUUUUGUCCGGUAUUGCAUCAGAAAGCAGAAAAACGCGUGCUGAGUGCAAUUUGCAUACCACAGGUCACGGGACUUAUUCAGAUAGUUUUCAAGAAAAUAUACCGAUAUGGUCGUUAUCUUCCCGGGAGGUAGUUCUAGAACUCUGGGUGGAUUUAACUAAUAUAGUCUUGGAAUUUGCCUUUUAAUUCUUUUUAUUGUUGAGUAGUGAAUUAACAAUAACAGAAAAUUUCAAUGGGAAAAUGCAACGGCUGUUCACUUUAGUCGCAAAAUGAAUCCACCCUUUGUGUGGGCGAUUAUUCACGGCACGAAAGUUGAGGAUGCCUAAUAAGUGGAAAGAUUUUUUAAUUUUUGGCUGCAGUUAGUUUGUUUUUUGCAUUUUUUUGGUAGUAUGAGUAUGUGCAUGCUUAAAGGCGAUGUAAACAGAAAAAAAUUCCUCCCACAAAGCACUUCUUUUUUCCUCCCAGGGAAAAAUUUUUACGCUGUGGCUAUAUGGCCGGUAACCGGUCAAGGUUUUCAAAACACUAAAUGACCGGCAGUCCUGUCUUUUCAGUAAAUUUCACAAAUCGAACAAAUCCAGCUAAACCAAACUAUCAUAUGUCGAUUAAGAAAAGUCAAGCGAUCCUGAAAUGCUUUAUAGAUCCCAAGAAUAACAUUACGUUGGCUCACGCUGGGCUCAGAAGAGAAAACCAUGUUUUGUGACACUAAAAACUUUUUUCAGCUUGACUGCCGGUCAAGGUGUUGAAAACACUAAAUGACCGGCAGUCCUAUAUUCUCCGUAAAUUUCACAGAUAGAAAUAAUCCAGCUAAACCAAACUAUCAAGCGAAACAGUCAAGUGAAAUGUACUGAGAAUAUGGGACGGCCGGUCAUUUGGUGUUUUCAACACCUUGUCCGGCAGUCGAGCUGAAAGAAGUUCUAAGUGUCACAAAACAUGGUUUCGUUUUCUGAGCCCAGCGUAAACCAAACACUAGACUGACUUUUCUUUAUUAACAUGUGACAGUUCAGAUUAGCUAGGAUUUUUCAAUUUUGUGAAAUUUACGGGGAACAUAGGACUGCCGGUCAUUUAGUGUUUUGAAAACCUUAACCGGCAGUCAAGCUAAAAAAAGUUAUGUGUCACAAAAGGUGGUUUCAACCAAAUUAAUGCUACACUUGAGAUCUAUAAAGUAUUUCAUGAUCGCUUCACUUUUCUUAAUUGACAUAUGAUAAUUUAGAUUAGCUGGGAUUUUUCGAUUUUGUGAAAUUUAUGGAGAAUAUAAGACUGCCGGUCAUUUAGUGUUUUGAAAAUCUUGACUGGUUACCGGCCAUAUAGCCUCGGUGAAAUUUUUAGGGCAAAUUGUGUAUUACAAAGUCAGCUGUACGAACAAACUUUCACGAGGGGUACAUGGAGGUUUACAGUAUUGCAGUAUUGUGAUAAUUUUGAUUUUAAUGUGCAGUAUUGCACUAUCAUCUAGUCCAGCAGUAUGGUUUUUUUCAUCCUUUUGGCUAACGGUAUUCACUAAAAGAAGAUCACGGUAUUGCAGUACCAUUUAUUUGCACUCUCCUGUCUAACCCCACAGGUCAAUGCCAUUUUCAACACACAACAUAGUAAGCUAUACAGGUUAAUAAAAGUAGAUAUUUUAAAGACUUUAAACUUCAUGGUGAAUGAUUACUCAUUGUUUGAUUGUUUAUCUACAAUGAAUAGUUGGGGAGCCAGUGACGGGGCUUCUCGAUUGUUGUACAAUUGAGUUGAUUGCUGAUGCACACAUGCUUGAGAUAAAAAAACACGCGAGAUGGAUACAAAUUUAAGUAUGCGUGACCAAUUGUACAUGCGGUAUCGGUAUUUCAAUGAUUUUUGACACGGUAUUUCGGUAUUUGUCAAUUUUUCCUUGCUGUAUUGGGUACCUCCUAAUACCCCCUCUUUUACCCAUUUUUACCACCACUGUGAGAUAUUUUUUGAAAGUCAUACGAGAUUGUUAAGUGUUUGGCUUCCAUUUUGGUUUUGAAAAAUGUUGGGGAGUUAGCAAGUGAGAGUGUAGGUUGGGUGGGUGAAACGGUAACUUACCAGUAAUAGAGGUAACAACAGUAGCAGAAACCUCAUCAGGGAUGGCUAAAAGGUGGCUGUGGCAGCUCAAAAGAGGUGGCUACUUUAUAGUGCCUCUUCACUUACAGGCUUAAUGACCAGGGGACACCAACGUAGCAGCCACUUCAUUGUUUAGGACACCAAUAUGGAGAGCGUGACAUCACGUGACAUCACACUCUACACGGUUUGAGCUAGGAUUUGAUCACUGGGGGACAUAUUUGUCUCUUUGGCUAAAUUUUUGGGGGACAUUUUCAUUUUUAGGGGGACAGAAAUUUGAUAGGUCUUGGACGAAAAAGUCAAAUUUCGCAGGAUUUUUAAGGGAUAAAUUCGCGGAAAAAUCGGCCGAUUUCGCGGGAGUUCUCGGGGCAAACUUCACCAAAAAGCAAUCGAUAAAAAACGGCGGAUUUUGUAGUUAUUUUCAAGGCAAAUUUCUCUAGAAAUCGAUCGGUUUUGCGCUGAUCAGACCAGCCUUUUUAACGUUUUUCUAACAGAGGUGAUCAUUUGCUCUUUCAACAACAAUACGCUCCAGAAAUGAACCAAUGGCAAAGCCUUUAACAUGAUGGCUAGUGCCAACAUAAUCUGUUUGCACGUUUCAGUGACGAAGUUCCAAGAUAAAUUUGCAAGUUUACGGCAAGUAAAUAGCCCCUAUAGCUGAAGUAAGUUUCAAAUAUGUUGUACAGACAUGUAUUUGAUAAGAUUUCUACCGAAUUUCGCGGCUCCGCGACCGCGCGAAAAAUCAGAAGCCCUGUCUUAGAUUUCCGAAAAAAGUAGCAGUAGAGCGUGACUGAAACAUAACUUUGGAAUGGACUUUAAAGGUGCGAUAAAAUAUACUUUCCACGUUCUGUUUCAGCUUGCAACUUCUGUACCGAAAUAAAUCUCUUUGUGUGUGCUUCCUUUCGAGUUUUUUCCCUAAAUUUUGAAGGGGACAAAUUAUCCCCUUGGCCAUUUUUUAAAGGGACAAUUCCAAUUGCAGUGCGGGAUUAGCGCAAUGGCGCGGCCUGGCUCAAACCCUGACUCUAUAAUUGUAGAAAAGAAUUGUAAAUUAAACCUCUAUUGUUGUAACUAUUAUUUUGGGACUUUGAUUACUUGGUGCAUAAUAGAGGGUGACCACUGUAUGUUAAAGCAAAAAGAAAUGAACUUCCAAUUUCAUGAACUUACUCUUUUUUUCAGCACUGACCAUGUUUAUAAAUUGUGGGAGUGUGAAAUGGGCAACACGCAUCCAGGACACCUUUACUUUUGGAAAACUGAUUGCACUUGUAAUCCUGAUUGUGAUAGGUCUGAUUGAAGUUGGAUCAGGUAAGCAGAAACAAGUACAACUUUGACACCUGAAUAAUAAUAAUAAUAAUAAUAUUAUUGUGAAAGGUUUGAACCCAGGGCCCAGUUGUUCGAAGGCCGAUUAGCCCUUAACCCAGGGUUAAAUUUAACCCGGGUUUCUCUUUCUUGUGUUCAAAAGCAUUUUCUCGGAUAAUUUUCUCUGUUAUAUUUAGAGCUUUCAAUCAUCAACUUGUAGACAAAAAGAAUUAAAACUGAAAUGCUUUUUAAGCUUUCAAAUUUGAAUUCAAAUCUCGCACUAACCUUGGGUUAUCUUAACCCAGCUUUGAACAACCCGGCCCAGGAGUCAUUUCAAAAGGUUGAGUUUGAUCGUCCGGGUGAACGUAGUCCUGAAUAGGACUGUUGUUGUUGACAGUGACUGUCAACAACAACAGUCCUAUUCAGGACUAUGUUCACCCGGACGAUCAAACUCAACCUUUUGAAAUAUUAUUAUUAUUAUUAUUAUUAUUAUUAUUAUUAUUAUUAUUAUUAUUAUUAUUAUUAUUAUUAUUAUUAUUAUUAGACAAACCGUAAACACCUGAAAUAUUUUGGGAAUGUUUUUGUGUUGUGGCGAGUCACAAAAAAAAAAUCAGGACAUGGAAGCAAGCCACCAAAAACACAUAACUAAUAAUUAUUAUUAAUUACUGUUGUUGCUCACAGCUUAGUUUUCUUUGUAUGAUCUUAAUAUCUCUGCAUAAUGGAAUUAUUUAUUUUAUAGAAUUUUGAACUUUUAUUAUUAAGUAUAUCUAUUUCCUCUUCUUUUAUGUAAGGUUAAGUUACUAAUCUAUUUUUAGAAUUUGUAAAUGAAUAGUUUCUUUCUUCACUUAUUAUAUAUAGGAUUGUUUUUGUUCUCUAAUGAAGGCCGAGGGGUUUCUUUUGUAACGGAUGGAAUUGUAGAUAGUGUUUUGAUGAAUUAAUUAGAUUUUUUGUAACAGCUGGUUGAUUGUAAAUAGGAUUUUAAUUGAGGUUUUGUAAUAAAGAUUUUAAAGUUUUCUUUUGCCUGAUUGGCUCUUCCCUUGUGACACGAUAACAUUCCAGAAACAUUUCUGGUGUUCUCAGUUUUUUGAGUUUCACAGUAAUGACAGACAAAAUGAAAAGAUACAUGUAAAUAAAAAUAAUUGACAUUGAAACCACUACAAGCAACAGAAAUUAAUGUGUUUCAGUGAGAGGUAGCAGCAACAAAUAAGCAUCUCUAAAUUCAUACUUAUAUGUACAUCAGAAUAGAAAAUUAAUACAUUUUUGUUAAUAUAUUAAGACAUCUUCUAUACCUUUCAGGUAAUGUUCAGAAUUUUAGCGGAGCAUUUAAAGGUACUACAUCAGACUUGGCAAAUAUUGGUUUGGCAUUUUACUCUGGACUUUGGGCCUAUGAUGGAUGGUAUGUUGCCUUAGGCUGCCUUAUACAUCUUUUAAAAAAAGUGAUGUGGUAUUUAUUCCACUACUUCAGACCCCCUAUUUGAAUUGUCUUCAUUUAGAAUGGUUAUAGUACUAAUUAAAGGCUGUAUGUGCUUUAUGAAAAUUGUUGGAGAACCUGCAAAGUCUCUAAAUCUAUGUAAAUCUCAUGUUCACAAUGUGCAGUGGAACCUCGAUAUCACGAUCCUUAUUAUAAGGAUGUUCCCGGUAUAAGGGUGAAUAUUUCUAUGUCCCAACAAAAGUUAUUAUCAGUAUACAGUCAUAAUUUAAGCAAAACAUUGAAGUUAAGACAAUAACAUUAUAGUAAUCGAGUGAUCUUUAAUGUUUCUGACAACUUACUUAGGCUGUACGUAAGUCUGAUAACAGAAGCAUUGAACAAAAACAACUUGAGAGGGACUGUAAUAAGUAUGUCAUCCGCAAAAAUGCAUUACUUGCUGGCCAGUGUCUGGUUUCUUUUUUUGCACCCAAAAAAACAAUCAGGCAUGAUAAAGCUCAACAAUGUUAGCAAAACUGAGUGAUAAUUAAGAGUAAAUGUGAAGAAGGUCAUUGCAAGUAAAGAUGCAACUUAUGCAGUUGUGGUCCAUAUUUAAAGAAAGCCUGAAAAGAUUCAGGCUUCCUGGUAUUCAAACCCUUACCACUGUGAUACUGGUGCAGUGCUGUAUCCAAUGAACUAACAAGUUAAUUUGGAGCUUGGUGAUUGGGUUGUAGUUUUGGGGUCUGCUUUUAAUGUAUCCUGAUGUUUUGUUACAAGUCGUCACUACCAAUCAAUGUACAGGUCAUCAUGGCCUUCUUAAUUAGUUUGACAGUAAAGUUAAAUACCUGAUAAACUGACUUUUUUCGACCUUCCUUUCCAGGAAUAGCUUAAAUUUUGUAACUGAAGAGAUGAAAAAUCCAGAAAGGUAAGGGUUAAAAAUUUGAUAAUACAAAGUGCAGGGUUGUCAUUAAGAGCCGGGGGCUGGGGAUUUUCCCCGGCUACUAAGAGAGUGGCCCCCGGCUACUUUUAUAGGAAAAUGGAAGAAAAAUAGAACCAAAAGAAAUCCCUAGCCAUUUGAUUCCCCGCUUACUUGUUGUAUUUACCCGGCAACUUGAAAUCUUAGUGACAACCCUGAAAGUGAUAAACUUGUAAUUUAUUACAAUGAUAAUUUUUAAAAAAAGAUAUUAAUGGAUGUCAGGAUUCAAAAUAUAAUCCAUAGGGCAGGGUGAUUUUUGUAAGCUAUUUUGGAUCAGGCCAUUUUUUUCCAGCUAUGAGGAAAGGUCAAAUAACUCUUAAUUUAAGCGUUUUUUUGUAGUUUGCAAGAUGGCACGUAUGUUGUUAAAUUUGUCUUUGUUAUGUUGAUCUAUAAGUCAGCUUGUACACUUAAAAUUCUUGUGUUUUUUUUAAUGCUGCUGACUGCGCAUCAUUUCAUCAACAAACAAUCUUAGUCAUAUAAACAUUUUCUCGGUACAUUAUUAUACGAUGUUAAAAUUGUUGCCUUACAUUACAAAAAUUAACUUGUGGGGGCAACACAAUUACUGGUAACCCAGUAGUUUAGAUUGUGGCCCACAGAUAAGGACAGAUACAAAUAAUUAUUAAAAUAAACAUAUCAAGGUUAAGAAUCCCAACUGCAUGGUAGGAGACAAAGCAUUGGGCUAUUUACAAGGGUGGCUGAUACCAAGCCACACAUUUUUCACUUGCCACUCAGCAGCUGCUGGAAACUUGUUAGACUUUUGUUUUGAAUGUUUCUCUAUACUCUGUGUUGUUUGUAGCAUGUUAAUCUUGUCUUUUUUACUUUUCUCUUCAUGUAUUAUCUUGAUUCAUGAGCUAGGGUCAGUGUGUUAUUUUACAGACUAGUUGUUUUUAGGAACUCAAAAUUUGGCAGUUUCCAGCAUUAGUUUAAAAAAAACUCAAGCAAAAGGUUUGUUAAACAAAUAAAAUCACCUUUCUGUGUCUUAAAAUUGCCAGCUGGACAUCACUGGGAGCAAGCUGCUUUUUUAAACCUGGGUCUCACCUACUUACUAAGUUUCUAAACAAAGUUAAGGAAUUGACAGUAAUGUUUGUGUGUUUUCACAUUGUAUAGGGAUCUUCCCCGAGCACUGUUGAUUGGAAUUCCUCUUGUUACGAUUGUUUACAUUCUGACCAACAUCGCUUAUAUUGCUGUGAUUGGAGGAGAAGGUAUUUUGACCUCAGGGGCUGUUGCCAUGGUAAGCUAACUUGGUUUAUUUAUUUAUAAGCCUUCUAUAGCCCUGAUACCAGUAUGUCCAGCCUUGUUUCCAGAGCAGCAAGUCCCCUACAAGUUCGCAUUUGACAUCACCCAUGAAGCUUGUCGUGCGAAUUCACCUGGGACUGUCGCAGACUAGCUAGUGCUGCCACACCAAGUUCAUGGUCUUUCUUGUUCACCCUCAUAGCACUAAGGACAAGGCUGGUGCAAUAUGCCCACAGUAUUCAACUUAUAUUCUUAUAGUACUGAUGACAGGAAAUAAUAUGUACUUUUGUUAAAAAUCAAGCGUUUUUAAAACCUCUGGAGAUCUUUUCCUGUCUUCUCACGAUUUUAAUGUUUGAGUUGUUGUUGUUGCCUGUAUUUGCUAAAAAAUGCCCUUAAGGCAUUCUGGGGGGGGGUAUCUUACCCCACUUAACAUAACCAAAGGAAUACUAGUACAUUUAAUACGUACUUGUAGUUGCUUCUAGAAAUUGAUAAAAUUAUUGUCUGGCACACUAAGACCAUUUUAAAAAGCUAUUUACUUACUAUGUACAUUUUUAAAAUGAAAAAAAUAAGUUAAUUGUGACUGAACAAGGCAUGAAUUUGAUUUCCAGUCGGUUGGGGAACUGAAACUUGGUCCAGUCAGCUGGUUGAUACCCAUCUUUGUUGCAUGUUCCACUUUUGGCUGUGUAAAUGGACUGGCCUUUAGUGGUGCCAGGUAAGUUAAUCCUUACACUCAAGUCAAGAAAUCCUAAUACCAAUAUACAAAAGUGCUCUUUAAGAACAUUUUCUUAGAAUGUUCACACAGAAGAACUUGGUCCUCUAAGGCAAGGUUCAGACACUGCUUCACCUUAGCCGAAUCGGAUUUGAAUUUAGGCCCAGCUGAAUCUAUUCUCGGCUGAGCCAGGCGUAAAGAAUGGCUCAGCUGAUCCAAGUUCAAUUCGCCAUUUCGAGCAGAUCUAGAUGCCGCACCUCACAUUUACUUAAUUCACUGAAGUAUGGCUUCUGAACCGGGUUAACUCAAAAGUUAGAACUGUGCAUCUUAAAAUGCAAUCCAUCCAUCUCUAACUGGAAAAAAAGGAUAGAUCAAUGAAUCAAAAAAUGCUUGUUGAGAGUGAUUGAAUAACCCUGAAUAAUUAUCCUUUCACUCAUACUGAUUGAGGCUUAGCACACGUUUUACAGAAAAGGUUGGACAUUCUGAUGUUUACGUCUGCUUUUCAAAGGGUGUACCCUUAUUGUAGGCUACACUUAAUACAAGUUUCACAGUAGCAACAAUCUUUUACUUAUUUCUUCUAAAGUUGGGAAGUCAGUGCUUGCCAAGCUUGUGUCUCACAGUCCUGGAAAUUUUUUUGACAGGUUGGUUUACGUAGCGGCUCAUAAUGGCCACAUGCCAAAAGUCCUGGCCAUGGUUCACAAUACUCGCAAUACUCCUAUGCCUUCAAUCAUCUUCUUGGUAAGGGACUCGGGGGUUUUUUUAGACUAAAGUGGAAUUUAUUCUAAAGGGAGCAGAGAACUUUUGAUAACUGAGUUACCCGGGGUACAGCCUACUGGUUCUUUUCUAACCCUGUUUAAUUUGAGCCCUUUGCAUUCAAUGUUAACGAAAAAAAACAAAAGAAAUUAACGUUUAAGUGUCUUUGUAUUUGAUAAAGACAUGGCUUAACUUUAUGUCCAAUAUGUUUUAGACCAAAAUAACCCCAAAUCUAAAUAUUAAUGCAAGAAUGAGUUGAGCUAUAUAUAUCAGAGAUUUUGAAGCUGUUCAAAAUACUCACAGUCAUGUAGAUUAUCAGAUGUAAAAACUCUCGGCUUCAUCUCAAGUUUUUAAACCUGAUAAUACACUCCUGCUCGGUUCUUAAACAGUACUUAACCACACACUCUGUUUUUCAAAGUCAAAUUCUAUUGUAACUUGUAUUUCUUGUUAUAUUACAGCACGUCAUUGCCAUGAUCAUGUUGAUUCCAGACUCCAGUAAAUUCAGUACGCUUGUGAACUACUUCAGUUUUGCGGCAUGGCUCUCAUACUGUGCAGUCUUUGCAGCACUGCUGUACCUGAGAUGGAGAGAACCUAAUGCAAACAGACCAUACAGGGUAAAUAGAUCAUGGGUUUUUUUUUUCAUGUUAAUUGGAAUAAUAAUAAUAUUUACUUAGCCUAACAGGCAGUGUUGGUGAUUUCAAGAGUGAUCUACACCUGUUUGACCAUGCAGAAAUUUCGUCCCAAAUAAUUUAUGUUUUCUUAUGCUUUCAUAAUUCAAAAAAAAUACUUCUGCAUUACUUUUGAAAAGUACCAUGAAUUUCUCAGAAUUUUUAUCAAAAGGAAUGAUUUGUGAUUUUUUUUUUUUUUACUUUGGCUUAAAAGAUUUAAGAAUUUAAAGAUUUAAGAAAGCCAUUCUUCUUACAUGUAGCUGUGGGGCUGUGCUUGCAUUUGUCUCCUACACAAGGGCUCUUUGAAAACGGCAAAGAGUGUUGUGCCUCUCUAAUGUCAUUGUUAUUCUGCUGCAGGUUUGGUUGAUUGUGCCCAUAAUUAUGGUGCUAGCAUCUCUGUAUCUCCUGAUCACUCCUUUUGCUGGUGAGCCUGUGGAGUCCACAAUGGCCCUCAUCUUCAUAGCUGCUGGUAUCCCUGUAUGGAUAAUUUUCUGUUGGUGGGACAAGACAAAACAUGCCUGUGAUGACUUUUGUGGUAAGCAAUCUUACUUU